GUUAUGUUUGGGUGACGAAACGUUGUUUUUUCAUCGCCUCAAUCCGGCGUUUUUACAAGUUACAACUACAAGAUCUGGAAGCCACUCUUCUGCAAUAAAUCUGCCAAUUUUACCGACAAAAUGUGGGACGCUUCAGAAAGAACGCUAUAUUCCAUGUUAGCGUUUCUGUUUGUAGAAACGCUUCUAGAACUGUACCUCACGAUGCGUCAGAUACGCGUUUACAAACAGUGUAAGUCCGUGCCGAAAGAGCUAAAACAUGUAAUGAACGACGAUACAUUCGAGAAAGCUCGUGUUUACGGAUUAGAUAAGGCAUACUAUGACAUCUUCAAGAUGAUUUUGUGCGGUAUAGUGAUACUGCAGCUAGAGCUGUACUUUGGGUUUAUGGCGAUUGUAUGGGCACGUUCAGUUGAGAUCUCCGUCAACAUAGGUCUUAACCCAAAAAGCGAAAUUCACGUAGGAUGCCUCUUCGCUCUACUACUGAACGUAAUACAGGUGCUAAAGGAUAUGCCCUUUAAAAUUUAUGGAACGUUCGUGCUUGAGGAAAAACACGGUUUCAACAAGCAAACUGCCGGAUUCUUCGUGAAGGAUCAAAUCAAAGCUUUUCUAGUUUCCCAAAUUUUGACCAUUCCCAUUGCAGCAGUUUUUAUUUACAUUGUACAAAUUGGUGGAGAAUUAUUCUUCGUUUGGCUGUGGGCAUUUGUAGCUGCCGUUACUCUAGUGCUCAUUACCAUCUAUCCAGUAUACAUCGCUCCCAUAUUUGACAAAUUCCGUCCGUUGGAGGAUGGAGAAUUGAAGCAAAGCAUACACGCGCUGGCAGACAGCGUGAAGUUUCCAUUGGGGCAGUUAUUCGUUGUCGAAGGUUCGAAACGCUCUGCGCACAGCAAUGCUUACUUCACCGGACUGUUUGGAGUGAAACGAAUCGUGCUGUUUGAUACGCUACUGGUCAAUAAAGGCCUGCCGGAAGACGAUCCGUCGCUGACGGAAAGCGACAAGGGUAAAGGAUGCAAGAACGAGGAAGUAUUAGCGGUCCUUGCACAUGAACUUGGUCACUGGAAAUUAGGACAUGUUUCGAAGAAUAUUGUAAUUGUACAGGUGCAAAUGUUUCUAAUUUUCCUCGCCUUUUCACAACUUUUCACCUACGGUCCGCUCUAUGAAGCAAUCGGUCUUCCUGUCGGCGAGAAACCCAUCCUGAUCGGGUUCAUUGUUAUCAUGAUGUAUGUUUUGGCGCCGUACAAUACAAUGAUUUCAUUCACUAUGACGGUUAUAUCUAGAAGAUUUGAAUAUCAAGCUGAUGCUUUCGCCCAAGAGCUUGGGUAUGCUAAAGAUUUGGGAAACGCGCUCGUCAAGCUGCAAUUGGACAAUCUUGGAUUUCCUGUGUAUGAUUGGAUGUACUCCGCAUGGAAUCAUUCCCAUCCAACCGUGCUUCAGCGUCUAGACAGGCUCAAAUCUUACACCGAAGGAAAAGAACAACCCCACAAGCCCAAAUCCCAAUAAGCUGGGAAAUUAUUCCGAACAAAGUCAGAUUGUAAGAAAGUCGGAUAUUAUACUUUGAACGCUUCGAAAUUCAUCUGCAAAAGAACCUAAACAUAAUGGAUUUAUCGUACAAAAUAUUUUUUGUUGCACCAAAUAACCAAACACUUCUAACAUUUGUACAUUCACGUUUUGGAUCCAGAUAUUUGGGAUUUCAAAAGAAUAUAGUAGAAGAACAUGUGAAAUAAAUAGCUUAAUCCAACUUACUUAGUUACUAGUAUGUUCUCAAUUAUAACCAGGACUUCUUCUUCACACAAUUCUAUCAGCUGAUGGCAUCAAAGAACUUUCUACGACACACAUCGAAUUCCA